UGUUGCUGGGCGACUGCGAGGCUGCUGCAGCUCCAGCCUGGAUCGCCUCCCUUCCUCCUUCCUCCAUCAUCUCCAUCUCCUCUCCCCCAACUUCUGGGUCAGCCCUCUCUGCUCCCCGGCGACGCGGGCUCUUGAUUUUGAACGAGCUCAGAGCAACCCCACCCCCUUCAUCCUCCAACUGCCCCCCAAAUAAACCAUCUCCUGGGGGGGCCUGAGCAUCCUGACCCAUGGCGCCAUGAAGGGAGAGGCAGGCGAGAUCCCAAGAGACCUUUGCAUCAGGAAUAUGAGAAGUCACAAUUAUUUUAAGCAUGCUAUUGGAAACAGACACUUUGCAGAAGUACCUGUAUAUAUGUUUGAGAGCACCACACAUAAAUAAAUGUUCUUUUUGCAGCAGAUAUUAGCAGUGACAAUUCAAGCCUUACCUGCAAAGUCAACCGUCACAAUAUAUUUUCAGAUGAUGCAUAAUGAAGCCUUGGGAAGGCAACUCCUUCUUGAAUCGACCCAGAUUCAAAGAUGUUGAAGAUAUGGUGUUUAAAUUGGGAAUCUCCUUGUCUUGAGCAGGGAUCUAGCAGACCUGGAAGAGGAAAUCUCUUCAAGCGUAUCACGAAGCAGGAAGGAGAUUUCAUCAGUUUAAAUAACCAAAGUUAAUUCCAGUAUGCUUAAAAGGAAGCAAAGUUCUAGGGUAGAAGCCCAGCCGGUGACAGAUUUUGGUCCAGAUGAAUCUUUAUCAGAUAAUGCAGAUAUUGUGUGGAUUAACAAACCAUGGGUACACUCUUUACUACGAAUCUGUGCCAUCAUCAGUGUAAUUUCUGUAUGUAUGAACACCCCAAAGACCUUUGAGCAUUAUCCUCCUCUUCAAUAUGUGACCUUUGCUCUCGAUACACUACUGAUGUUUCUCUACACAGCAGAAAUGAUUGCAAAGAUGCACAUCCGUGGCAUAGUCAAGAUGGAGUUGGGAAAAGGUUGGAGGUUAACAACACCACAGCCAUUUCAGAUGUUCAAGGGGGAUACCUCCUAUGUGAAGGAUCGCUGGUGUGUGUUCGAUGGAUUCAUGGUUUUUUGUCUCUGGGUGUCAUUAGUUUUACAGGUGUUUGAAAUUGCCGAUAUAGUUGACCAGAUGUCGCCUUGGGGAAUGCUGAGGAUCCCACGGCCACUUAUUAUGAUUCGAGCAUUCAGGAUCUAUUUCCGCUUUGAAUUGCCAAGAACCAGGAUAACUAACAUUUUAAAGCGUUCAGGAGAACAAAUUUGGAGUGUUUCUAUAUUCCUUCUGUUCUUCCUCCUUUUGUAUGGAAUUCUGGGAGUUCAGAUGUUUGGACCUUUCACAUAUCAUUGUGUAACAAAUGAUACAAAGCCAGGAAACAUAACCUGGAACAAUUUGGCAAUCCCAGACACACAUUGUUCAAAAGCAUCAGAAGAAGGUUACCAGUGUCCACCAGGUUUUGAAUGUUUGGACCUUGAAGAAUUGGGAUUGAGCAGGCAAGAGCUGGGCUACAGUGGCUUUAACGAGAUAGGUACAAGCAUAUUUACUGUUUAUGAAGCUGCUUCUCAAGAAGGCUGGGUCUUCCUGAUGUAUCGAGCAAUUGACAGCUUCCCUCGAUGGCGCUCCUACUUCUAUUUCAUCACCUUAAUUUUCUUUCUUGCCUGGCUUGUUAAGAAUGUAUUCAUUGCUGUCAUCAUUGAGACAUUUGCUGAAAUCCGUGUGCAGUUCCAACAAAUGUGGGGAUCCAGAAGCAGUACUACAUCAACAGCUACUACACAGAUGUUUCAUGAAGACGCUACAGGAGGAUGGCAGCUAGUAGAUGUUGAUGUGAAUAAGCCUCAGGGCAGAGCGCCCGCAUGUCUUCAGAGGAUGAUGAGGUCCUCAGUUUUCCAUAUGUUCAUCUUGAGCAUGGUGGCCGUGGAUGUCAUUGUCGCUGCUAGCAAUUAUUAUAAGGGAGAGAAUUUUAAGAGCCAGUAUGAUGAAUUCUACCUAGCCGAGGUUGCAUUUACUGUCCUGUUUGACCUGGAAGCUCUCCUAAAGAUCUGGUGCCUUGGAUUUACUGGAUACAUCAGUUCAUCUCUUCACAAGUUUGAACUGCUGCUCGUUAUUGGAACUACUCUUCAUAUUUAUCCAGACCUCUAUCAUUCACAAUUUACAUAUUUUCAGGUUCUUAGGGUAGUUCGACUUAUAAAGAUUUCUCCUGCCCUGGAAGACUUUGUAUAUAAGAUUUUUGGACCUGGAAAAAAGCUUGGCAGUUUAGUGGUAUUCACUGCAAGCCUAUUAAUUGUAAUGUCAGCAAUCAGUUUGCAGAUGUUCUGCUUUGUGGAAGAACUAGACAGAUUUACAACAUUUCCAAGGGCUUUUAUGUCAAUGUUCCAGAUCCUUACACAAGAAGGAUGGGUGGAUGUCAUGGAUCAGACUCUUAAUGCCGUAGGACAUAUGUGGGCACCUGUUGUUGCUAUCUACUUCAUACUUUAUCAUCUUUUUGCUACCCUGAUUCUGCUGAGUUUGUUUGUUGCUGUUAUUUUGGACAACUUGGAACUUGACGAAGAUCUAAAGAAACUUAAGCAACUGAAACAAAGUGAAGCGAAUGCAGAUACAAAGGAGAAGCUCCCAUUGCGUCUUCGGAUCUUCGAAAAAUUCCCUAACAGACCUCAAAUGGUAAAAAUCUCCAAGCUCCCUUCGGAUUUUACAGUCCCCAAAAUAAGGGAAAGUUUUAUGAAGCAAUUUAUUGAUCGACAGCAGCAAGAUACAAUUUGUUUACUAAGAAGGCUUCCAUCAGCUUCUUCUUCCUCUUGUGACCACUCCAAAAGGCUUGCAAUUGAAGACAACAAAUACAUUGACCAGAAGCUCCGCAAAUCUGUUUUCAGCAUUAGGGCAAGAAACCUUCUGGAAAAGGAGACUGCAAUCAAUAAAAUUCUUAGGGCCUGCACUCGUCAGCGCAUGCUAAGUGGUUCCUUUGAGGGACAGCCUGCGAAAGAAAGAUCAAUUCUGAGUGUCCAGCAUCACAUACGCCAAGAACGCAGAUCACUAAGACAUGGAUCCAAUAGUCAACGAAUCAGCAGAGGAAAAUCUCUUGAAACUUUAACCCAAGAUCAUUCUAACACAGUGAGGUAUAGAAAUGCACAGAGAGAAGACAGUGAGAUAAAAAUGAUCCAGGAGAAGAAAGAACAAGCAGAAAUGAAAAGGAAAGUCCAGGAAGAAGAGUUGCGAGAAAAUCACCCCUAUUUUGACAAGCCUCUUUUCAUAGUUGGCCGUGAACACAGAUUCAGAAAUUUCUGCAGAGUGGUUGUGCGAGCUCGCUUUAAUGCCUCGAAAACAGACCCUGUUACUGGAGCAGUGAAAAAUACCAAAUAUCAUCAACUUUACGAUUUGUUGGGAUUGGUUACUUACCUAGACUGGGUAAUGAUCAUUGUUACUAUAUGCUCCUGCAUUUCAAUGAUGUUUGAAUCUCCCUUUCGAAGAGUGAUGCAUGCACCAACACUUCAGAUUGCUGAAUAUGUUUUUGUAAUAUUCAUGAGUAUUGAACUUAAUUUGAAGAUUAUGGCUGAUGGCUUGUUUUUCACUCCAACGGCAGUCAUAAGAGACUUUGGGGGUGUCAUGGAUAUAUUUAUAUACCUUGUAAGCUUAAUAUUUCUCUGCUGGAUGCCACAUAAUGUUCCUGCUAAAUCAGGAGCUCAGCUCUUAAUGGUGCUCCGGUGUCUCCGACCCCUUCGAAUCUUUAAACUGGUGCCUCAGAUGAGAAAGGUUGUCCGGGAGCUAUUCAGUGGUUUCAAGGAAAUCUUUCUAGUUUCCAUUCUUUUACUGACCUUAAUGCUUGUCUUUGCAAGCUUUGGAGUUCAGCUUUUUGCUGGAAAACUGGCUAAAUGCAAUGAUCCACAUAUCAUUGCCAGGGAAGACUGUCAUGGCAUAUUCCGAAUAAAUGUCAGUGUUUCCAAAAAUCUAAAUUUAAAACUAAGACCUGGUGAAAAAAAGCCUGGAUUUUGGGUGCCACGAGUCUGGGCCAAUCCUCGAAACUUCAACUUUGACAAUGUUGGCAAUGCAAUGCUGGCAUUAUUUGAAGUCCUUUCAUUAAAGGGUUGGGUAGAAGUCAGAGAUGUUAUCAUUCAUCGUGUGGGACCAAUCCAUGGCAUCUAUAUUCAUGUUUUUGUGUUCCUGGGCUGUAUGAUUGGUCUGACACUUUUUGUUGGAGUUGUCAUUGCUAAUUUCAAUGAAAAUAAGGGAACAGCUUUGCUGACUGUUGAUCAGAGGCGAUGGGAAGAUCUAAAGAGCAGACUCAAGAUAGCUCAACCUCUUCACCUCCCACCUCGCCCAGAUAAUGAUGGAUUCCGAGCUAAAAUGUAUGAUAUAACACAGCACCCAUUUUUCAAGAGAACUAUUGCUGUUCUUGUUCUGGCACAAUCUGUGUUGCUGUCUGUUAAGUGGGAUGAUCAAGACCCAGUGACUGGUCCUUUAGCUGCAAUGUCAGUUGUCUUUACCUUCAUUUUUGUUCUUGAGGUUACCAUGAAAAUUAUUGCUAUGUCCCCAGCUGGCUUUUGGCAAAGCAGAAGAAAUCGCUAUGAUCUCUUGGUGACAUCCUUGGGCAUCAUAUGGGUAAUCCUCCAUUUUGCCAUAACUAAUGCCUACACGUAUAUGAUGGGAGCAUGUGUCAUCGUUUUCAGAUUUUUCUCAAUCUGUGGGAAGCAUGUGACCCUGAAGAUGCUGUUGCUGACAGUGGUUGUCAGCAUGUACAAGAGCUUUUUCAUCAUAGUAGGAAUGUUCCUGCUGUUGCUUUGCUAUGCUUUUGCUGGAGUUGUUUUAUUUGGCACUGUAAAAUAUGGAGAGAACAUCAAUAGACAUGCCAACUUUUCAUCAGCUGGUAAGGCCAUUACUGUACUCUUCCGAAUUGUCACCGGAGAAGACUGGAACAAGAUAAUGCAUGACUGCAUGGUUCAGCCUCCUUUUUGUACUCCAGAUAACAGCACAUACUGGAAGACAGAUUGUGGGAACUACGCUGGUGCUCUUAUGUAUUUCUGUUCAUUUUAUGUCAUCAUUGCAUACAUAAUGCUAAAUUUGCUUGUGGCUAUAAUUGUGGAAAAUUUCUCACUGUUCUAUUCUACGGAGGAAGAUCAGCUCUUGAGUUAUAAUGAUCUCAGACAUUUUCAAAUUAUAUGGAACAUGGUUGAUGACAAAAGAGAGGGAGUGAUUCCUACUUUCCGAGUCAAGUUUUUGCUGAGGUUGCUGCGUGGGAGAUUAGAAGUGGAUCUCGAUAAGGACAAACUUUUGUUCAAGCACAUGUGUUAUGAAAUGGAGAGGCUGCAUAAUGGUGGAGAUGUAACCUUCCAUGAUGUACUGAGCAUGCUCUCAUAUAGGUCUGUUGACAUCAGAAAAAGUCUUCAGCUAGAAGAAUUGCUUGCUAGGGAACAAUUGGAAUACACCAUAGAGGAAGAAGUGGCUAAACAGACCAUCCGCAUGUGGUUGAAAAAGUGCUUGAAGCGCAUUAGAGCAAAACAACAACAAUCAUGCAGCAUUAUCCACAGUCUCAGAGAGAGUCAACAACAAGAGCUUAGUCGUUUCCUAAAUCCACCAAGCAUCGAAACAACGCAACCAAGUGAUGAAAUGAAUGCUAACAACCAGGAUAAUGCACAACCUGAGACAAGUAGUCAACAGCAACUUCUUAGUCCAACACUUUCUGACAGAGGUGGAUAUAGGCAAGACUCUACUGAAGCUGGUAAACCUCAACGAAAGUUUGGACAAUGGCGUUUGCCAUCAGCCCCAAAGCCAAUAAGCCACUCGGUGUCUUCAGUCAAUUUACGGUUUGGCAGCCGAACAACUAUGAAGUCUGUUGUGUGCAAGAUGAAUCCCAUGUCAGAUACGGCUUCUUGUGGAUCAGAAGUCAAGAAAUGGUGGACAAGGCAACUCACUGUCGAGAGUGAUGAGAGUGGAGAAGACUUGCUUGAGAUCUGAUGGUUGAGAAAGAUGCCGUUUAAUGCAACACAACUUGAGAAUGAAAUCUAUUUAUCUUGGUUUUUAAAGUGAGGUAGUAACUGGCAGACCAUUUAUAAUAAGAAUAAGCCUUUGAACUGAUGAGUGUGCUUCAACUUGACAGGAAAAAGCAGCUACUAAUUAUUACUGAACCUGAUUUGUACGACAAUGCUGGUUAAUGUACUGGAAAACAGCAAAUGAUUACAAAGUUCAUGAAAAGAAGAGAGCUUGCUGCCUCUGUCUCAAGAAUCAUGAGACCAACCUCUAUCUUUCUGCAGCCUCUCUGUGUCAUAUUCUCAAGCUACUGUUUUAAAUUUCAGGGACCUUGGAAAGCAGUCUGAUGUUUAUUGAUAAAAACUGGUAAACUCCAAAGCUGCCAAUCGACCGAUGUUGAAAAACCUGGCAUGUGAUGGUUAAGUCACACUUGUCAACACUUCUAAAAACAUGGACAAGUCAGGAGAAAUUUAUUUAUAGUGCUUUAGAGAAAUGUUUCCGUGGAAAGGAAACUAACCCAAAUAAAAUAUUUAUAUGGAAAUGUUGCCAAGGUAAGGGUUUCAGUAGCUUGAAGAUUUCAGUUUAGAUAAAAUCAGAGUUGUGCAGCCUGCCAGAUGUUGUUUGAGUUCAACUUCCAAAAGUCCCAGGCAGACUAGCUAAUGGUUAAAAGUACUAGAAGUGGCACUUCAGUAACAUCUGGAAGGCUAUAUGAUUCUCACUCCAGUUUAGACAGACAAGAUUUGCACAUGGUUUAUGUCACAUGGGAUUUAUAUAUGUUCUUGUUUAUAAAUGUCAGUUUGUUGUUUUAAUUUUUUAUGUUAAUUCCACCAUGCCACAUUAUUUUUUUAAAGUUGUUUGCAAUCCACUGACAAAGCUGGAAGAAUGAUCUUAUUGGGCAAAUAGAGCCAGCAUGUCAUUGGUCUAUGACGCUGAAGACUAGAGUUAAAAUCCCCACUUAGCCAUGGAAACCCAUUGGGUGAUCAUGGGCAAGUAACACUCUCUCAGCCUUAGAGGAAAGGCAAACCCCCUCUGAAUAAAUCUUGCCAAGAAAACACCAUGAUAGGUUCACCUUAGAGUUACCAUAAGUCAGAAAUGACUUGAAGGCACACAACAAUAACAAGUGGACAAAAACAAGCCAACAUAUGUGUUCUUAAGAAAUAUAUUUAAGAGGUUUAAUAGAAUUGAUUUGUACACAUUCACAGGCACUAUGAUAUCUUCUGUCCCAGUCAUCACAUUAUUUGCCUAAAAAUAACUGUUGCACAAAGUACCAAAACAGUACAAUUGCUUAUCUCCCCUUUUCCUUCUUCUGCCUCAUCAAUGGUUACUACUUAUGAAUUACUGUACCUGUUGGUCAGCAAGCAAUUCAUUCUAACUGAAAGUCCUUUUUUAAUAUACAGAUUAUGGACUUGCAAAUAUUUGCCUUCCUUUUUUUAUAGCCAAUGUUAGGUAUCUUGUUUUAAAAUAAAAUCAGAAAAAGAUUUAAUUUGGAUUUAAAAUUCAUAUUUAAUUAUUAAUGUAAAGCAUUUAACCAUUGCUCAUCUACUUGCUGAAUGGACUUUACAGUCUCAUCUCUGCUCAUAGCAAUCACAUUAUUGUUGGGACAAGAGGACUCAAAACCCAGAAUUUAUUUCCUUCACCCUUCCGUAUAGCUCCUUCUAAACAUGUUUUUGCUGAGCAUAAUGGCUGUUUUAAAGGAUAUGUGUGAUAUAGAAAUGGCCAUCAUGGAUGCAGUCCUUGGAUGUUUUAUGUGAAGUCCAAUAUCCUUUCUGCAACUGGAGCAGUUCUAGAAAGGGAAUCUAUGUACAGAUACCUGAUUUUGUGCCUGAUCUCCCUUUCUGAAAAUGGGCAACUAUUACUAAAGUGAUUAGACAUCUUCAUCGUUAAGGUAAUUCACUGUGUAAAAGGUUAUCACUGUGUUAUAUUUUUGUAGUGUAUUAAUCACAUAAUGCUAACAUUUCAUUUUAUUUUUUAUAAAUGUGUGAUACAAACUGUUGUUCAGGAUGGCAGGGAGUACAAUGUAUUAGAGAAACAAUAAACAGUUUUAACAUUCAUUUCCCCCUGAUAAAUAUAAAGUCUAUGUAGGGAGUGACAGCAAAGAAACAUCUAGGAUCUCACAGGCAUCAAACAAACUUCAAAAUGCAUCAGAGUACUACAGAGAAAUGCACUUGAAAGAUUUGCUGGAGGGCAGAGUUAAAGAUAUCAAGAGCCUUAAAGGAAAGCCAGAGGGAAACUUGUUCCCAAGUACUGGCUUACUACAACAGCUAAGCUGGAAUUGAGCAAUCUCAAAUGUACCUACCAAAAGGUAUUUUGUUUGACCUGUCCUCCCAAAAGUCAAAGCAGCUAUUGUCCUGUCAAUAGUUUUAUACAGUAUUUGCCAAAUUAACUUACAAAAAGGUUAUUAAAAGCCUCUGUUUACUACCUCUGUUUACUGUCACAUACACAAUGCACACUCAUGAAAUCCUUACCAAAUGGGCGAGUAAAGGCACCAGCAGCUUGUGGUCCAUUUAGGGAUGACCUCCAUUCUGCCUCAGACCAGGGCCCAAACCUGUGUAAAUGUUCUCUUGAGUUUGCACUGAGUUUAAUACAAUUUCUUACUCUUAAGAUUAAAAUUCCCAGAAGGAUGUAAGAGGAUAGUACUAAUAAUAAUAAUAAUAAUAAUAAUAAUAAUAAUGUUUAUUUAUAUACCGCUUUUCC